UGGCUUGCCCCUCAUAUUUAUAUAUAUUUUCUGUCUCACUCUGCGUGUCGGUACCAUGAGACCAGAAGGAAAUCCAUUAGACCUUAACAAUUUGCCUGAUGACUACAAUAGAGAUCAUGGCAAACAACUCCUCCAAGACACCUUCUCUCCCGGUUGCAGGAAAAAGAAAAGCGGCGGCGGUAAGGAUGGAAAAGAGGAGUGUAGGAAGGUGUAUGAGUGUAGAUUUUGUUCCCUCAAGUUCUGCAAGUCCCAGGCUCUUGGGGGACACAUGAACCGCCACCGCCAAGAGAGGGAAACAGAGACGCUGAAUCAUGCCCGUCAGCUGGUGUUUGCUGCUCAUCAACCUCCACCUCACUUAGGAUGCUGUCAAGACCCAACAGCCGCAGCUCUCAGAUUCCCAAGAUACUUCUCUGCGUCAUCCACGUCAUCAACCGCUUCAGCAUCUCAUCAUCAGCCCUAUCUAUACGCUUCACCAUCCAGGCCACCGCCGGUCUCCUUCGCUCCUCCUCCUCACGAUUACUACGUGGGCCAUGUCCUCAGCACCAACUAUGGCGGUGCGGCAGAGUCAUCAGCAGGAGCAGGAGGAGGCAGUUACACGUGCAUAGGUGCAGCGGUGGUGGGACAAGCAGGGAAGGAGAGGGAGCAGGAAGGGUCGUUGAAUUGGGGAAGAUCAUCAUCAACAUCGGGAUCACAGCCUCAUCAUCGUUUGGAUCCUCCUUCAGCGAUCAAUCGGUUUCAAGAUGGGUUCUAA